AUGCUGAAUAACGCCGGGUACUCAAAGGACAAGAUGAGAGAUACUGAAAAGUAUCCUAUCAAUACAGUAUAUGACCGCCACGAACACUCCAUAAUACAUUCUUUACCAGCUGUAAAACGAAUAAAAUUAUGGUUACGAUUCAUAUUGAAGCGACUUAUUGUACUUUUACUACUUAUACAGGCAUUUUUAACAAUCAGAGUUUGGCUGGACCCAGAAGGUGAACACAUACAAUACAUCCAUCAUUUUAUAAAGCAUCAUGAACCCAACAAAUCGAUAAAUCCCUCGAAGCUUUAUGAAAAGAUGAUGUUUAACACAGAAAUGAUAUGGCCAGAUGAAUACUCAUACAAGAAUAAUUUGUUAACUGUUCAAAUAGGGCAAAAUAAGGGACAAAUAUUACAAUCAAUCGAUGACCUUAAAUUUUACGAUAAUGACCCUCGACUCAUAUGGUCUGUUCUACUAGAUUAUUUAUCAAAGGAAGGUCCUGAUCAAAUUCCUUUCUCCUGGUAUGACUGGAGUGACUAUCAACAAUAUAACAGGAUAUUGGCACUAUCAGAUGAGGUCAAAUCUCGAGUCAACUGUGCUGUGAUGUAUAGCCCAGGUUUCGAUAAACAACUUCUUCUGGAUAUAGAGGCUGAGAUUAAUGAGCCAUUAUUCCAAGUAAACAGACAUCGUUACAGCGAGCAAUAUUGGUAUAAGGUAUUGGCAAGGAAAGCAAAAUUCAUCAACUUGGUAGAUUACUGUAGCGAUGGUAUUACGUCAAGAUUUGAUUUACCAGUUAAUAUAAAGAAACCCCAAGCUCAUGCUACACCUGAGCAAUAUGAAUUCCAAAAUAAGGCCUUCAUGAUGAGAUCAAAACUUCAUAUGCCUUUCUCUUUAACUAUUCUUAAUAAAGAUAGAAGUUUUUUCCAAGUACCAAUUUCAACCGAUAUUAACCCUCAGAAUAUCAUCGAAUCUGAGCUCUUGGCCAAAUUUAUUGAAAAAAAUAAAGUCAAUGAAGAUGAUCAGGAUUUGGUAUUCAACCACACAAUUUUGUUUGAUCAAUUUUUGGAGAGUAAAUCUAAUGAAAAAUAUAAGCUCAAAAACCCAGAAUUAACGGACAGAAUACACGAUGAAUUGUUAGUUCACGUCAAAGAGAAUGAUUUUAUAUUUGAUCCACUGGAAAGGAUAGCUUACCUCGAAAAGGAGGAACAUCUAACAACCCAUCAAAGAAAAUAUUUAGAAAGUCUGAAAUAUUCAAUAACGGUAGACCCUUUACUUCAAAAGAAACAUUUCAAUGAAGCUAGAGAUCUUUUACUUUAUUCCAAGUCCGGAUCUCAUAGAGAUGCCCGAUUUUUCUACAAUAGUUUCAACCCAGAUAUCGACGGAAUAGAAUACCAGAUGAAAAUGAACUCCCUGAUAAGAAACUUUCUGAAGUUUACUAAAGCCAAUGGAUUAAUUACGUGGCUAUCGCAUGGAACACUGUUCAGUCAUUUAUACAAUGGUCUAACCUUCCCAUGGGAUGAUGAUUUCGAUUUACAAAUGCCAAUUAGACAUCUUAAUAUGCUGGCCGAGCACUUCAACCAAUCACUAAUUCUCGAAGAUCCUAGGGAAGGAAACGGAAGAUUUUUAUUGGAUGUAUCAUCUACUAUAACCAUAAGGACUAACGGAAAUGGUAACAACAAUAUUGACGCCAGAUUUAUUGAUGUAGAUUCUGGUAUUUAUAUCGACAUCACCGGUUUGAGUGUCUCAUCACAAUACACACCAAAAUACGCCGAGAAUUAUAUCGUAGACAGGCCAAACGAUAAAUCAAAAUCUUCAGAAUUAGAGUACCAUAAUUACGAGCCUUUCAAAUACGGCUUUAAUCAGGAUAACUUUGAUGAUCUUUCGACCAGAGUCCGCAAUAAUGAGAUAUUGUCUAUGGAAGAAAAGGAUACUUUAUUGAAGCUGGCAGCCUCAGAAAGUCAGCGGAAAAGGAAGAAUAAGAGAUUUGUGGAUGAAGAACUAAGCUCGGAACAAAGAUUUACUAAUCAUCUGGAAAAGAAGUUAUACAAUUGUAGAAAUGGUCAUUUCAUUUCGUUUGACUCUUUGAGCCCAUUGUAUAAUUCAAUUUACCACGGUCAAUCUGCUUUAAUCCCUAGAAAACCCAUCCAACACUUAGAGCAUGAAUAUAAGCUAACAAAAACUUACGGAUUCCUUACCUUCGAAGGUAAUAUUUACUUGCCUGGAAUGAAACUCUGGUAUUCAUUCAAAGAUAUACGUAAUAUUAUCAGACUGGCUGUGGACCAGUCAGUACCUAUACCUACAAAUUUGCAUCAAUUGAGAGGUAUUGACCAUUAUUUUCUGUUGAAGGCUUUCUUAAUUCAAAACAUGCACGAUGCCAUAGCUAUCACACAUAAUACCUUUGAAGCUACCUCAUUUAGACUCAAGGAACUUGAGAUUAUGUUUGACAGAAAUUUGAGCUUUGAAAGAAUUGUCGAUGCAUUUAAAGUAUUCCGCCGAGAGAAGGGGCGCAACAUUAUGAAUCCCUUUAAGGAUCCCACUCUUUUCAGCUAUGAAAAAAGGCUAUUUAAUAAGCUGGUCAAAGACAAGGAUGUAUUGGCUAUCGCAAAGAUCAAAGAGAACGUUUGCAGCAAGUUAAUUCUGAGAACUUGGCACUCUAUUCAGGAAAUAUUGGAAAAAAGAUACAACGGUUUUGAAGUUAUUGUUAAUGAUAACGAACCCCAUAACUUAAAUUAUGCUGGAUUGAACUAUGAAAAUGAUGAAAACUUAUCAAAUUAUCCAGUCUUUGAAUCCGAUUCUGACCUUAUAGAGAAUAUAAUUGUACAGUAA